AUGAAUUAAUAUCAUUUAGGUUUCAUAGAUUCUAAAAUAGAGAAUUAAUACUAAUUGUAACAAUAAUCAAAUUCGAGAUCAGCUGUUUUCAAAUUAAUGUCUUUUGGAUUAAUCGUUACUUACUUAAUUAGAGUCAUAUUCUCUUUAAUUGAGAAAAUCGAUUUUUUAUUUUAUUACAAACUUGCUAUGCUGAUAUAUUGCAUCAUACAAUUUAUAGUAGUUUAGUGGUAACCGUAAUUGACAAGAAUAGCAUUUAUCAUAACAAAUAUUUGUAUGAUGGGAUUAGUACUGGAGUAAGAAAAUUCUCCAGAAAUCCAAAACAUGAAAGGAGCAAAUAUGAUGACUGUUAAUAUUAUGUUGGUAUUAUCAGGAGAAUUUUUUGAUUCCGUCAUUUAAUUAAUUGUGAUAACGACUUUAAGAAUAACAUUACCAUAUAUUACAACAGAUACUUAAAAUUAUAUGAUACUUACAAGCACAAUCUUAGCCAAUUUAUCAUUUUUAUUUUAUGCAUAUACCUAUCAUAAGGCAAAAAGAUCUCAAUAUUUACUGGGAUUAGUGGAGAACGACUGGGAUAAAAUAUUUUUUGAGUUGGUUAAAGAUCCUUAUAUCUUAUUGAAAUUUUCUUAUUCUAAUUUAAGCUUCACUGUUUAAAAGCAGAAUAGAUUUCCUUUUAAAGAUUGUUUAAAUUUCGAUGAAGAAAUAUCGCAAUGUGAUUAGGAUGAUAGAACAAUAAGGUAUUUUCUAUAAAAUGCAACUAUGGGAAAAACAUCACUUUCAGAAUACAUAUAUGGUAGUAUUAAAAAAUUUUAAAUGGAUUGUUAUGAACAUUUUAAUUAAAUUCUUAGGGUUCGAUUUUAAAGAUAGCUGCUGUAAGUUGAAAUGUCAAUAUUUUAAGCAAAAAACCCAAUGAUUUUAUUGAGGAUUAAUUCAAUUAGCAAACAUUCAUAAAGGCAGCUAAAAAAAUACAAGAAGAGAUUUAUUUUAUACAAUAAUAUAUUCAUAAACAUAUUAACUAAAUUAGAGUAGUAAAUGAAAUAUAAUUUGAUGAUAAAAGAAAUAAGAAGAAGAUUAAUGCUAGUAUAAUUAAUAGAAGAACUUCAUGAUCAUAAAUAUCAAUUUAAUACUGUUAACAUAUAAUUCGUAAUAUCUUAAUUAGAAAACCUAUAUCCUGAUAAGAAUAUUAGAUUCUAAAAUACAAAUAAAAUGGAAACAUUGUUUACAAUACCAAAUGCUCUAAUGAUGUUAUUAUUGAGUGUUUUGGAGAAUAGUGAAUAAGAUUUGAUUGAGUGUAAUUUGAUAAAUUUGAAAGAGGAAAUGGAAGUGAUGAUUGAAUUCAAUGGUAAUUUUUAAGCUUCUAAAAUAUUGAAAAUAUAUUAGAAUACUAAAUAUCAUGUUAGAUUAUUGGUUUCUAGUUUAUAUAUAUCUUCAAAAUGUAAUAAAUUUGUACAUUAUAUUAGUGGUUUAAUUUAUACUAUUUUCUGAGCCCCUUUGUUCUUCUAAUAUUGACAUCUACACUUAUGAAUACGAUGACUUAUUAUCUAGUGAUCAUUGA